AAAAUACAGUAUAAAUUUUAAAAAUAAACCCUUCGAGUGGGAGCUUCAAGUCAAUCAAUUAUUCCUUUAGAAUUCAGGCGGUGGAUUUGAUUUGAUGAGCCGUCGACGGUGAUGAGUUGGUGAGUGGAUUUGAGGAGGAAUUGAACAAGUGGAAGCAGGUGCAAAAAUGUCGGAGGAGGAUUUGGUGGAUAUAAAGUUCAGGAUUUAUGAUGGGUCGGAUAUCGGACCGUUUCGAUACUCCGCCACAUCGACGGUGAAUAUACUUAAGCAAAGAAUCGUCUCUGAUUGGCCUAAAGGGAAGACACUUGUUCCAAAAUCAGUGAAUGAAGUAAAGUUGAUAAGCUCUGGUAAAAUUUUGGAGAACAACAGGACUGUUGGUCUCUGUAAAGUACCCUUUGGUGAAGUCCCGGGUGGAGCUAUCAUAAUGCAUGUCGUAGUACAGCCAUCUCUCACAAAAGCUAAAACAGAAAAAAAGAUCGAUGAUUCACCCAAAAAGACUGCAUGUGGGUGUUCUAUUUUAUGAAGGCAAGCAUGGAGAACUGGAAAAUUGUUUAUGCCUUAAACCAUGUUUAGAAGUUAACCGUUCUCUCCGAGUAUUUACAUGUGUAUGUUUACCCCAAAGCCCAAGUGUGGAAGUUCGUAAUGGAGUGAGUGACAAUGCUGUGCAUUUUUAGUUUCUUUGGUUCAUUAGGACUUAUUUGGUUGGUUUCAAAUAUUAGCUUUGAAUUAUUUGUAAAGUUGUAUAGACUACUCCACGUAAAGACGAAAUGUACACCAAAUUGUAAGGAUAAUGCCUUUGUAUAAAAUGCUAUCCGUUACUAAUAAUGAAAUGUUUCUAUUCCGCCUGCAA